CUACAGUAUAUUUUCUGCACUUUUCGGGACAUCCCUCAAACAGUCUGAGCCAAUCAGCAAAGGCAGAACUGUGGUUUCUAGGAAACCGGCCUUCUGUCAGUUUAUCAGUGGUUCACAGUUCACAAUGUCACACACAGACACCAGGGACAGUGUGCAAAACUCCCUUACAACUACGUAAGCUUGUUCAAAGUGGUAGACAGUCUUAUCUAUUGAUUUGACGCAGUACUCAGACCAGAGAACGUUUUUUUCCCACAGUGAUAAAUUAUUUUUAAAAACCGGAGUAGUACAUAUCUCUUCAGUAACGUGAGUUUCACAAGGAUACCAUGAUGUGUGAACACAUCGAAGACUGACAUGGAAGAAAAGAAAUUGUUGAAUAAAGUUGUUAUUUUAUUGUUGACACGUGGACUAUUUUAACGAUGUCCUUACUACCUUGUUGGGCCUUGAACGUGUCAGUCGCAUUGCUGUCUAUGCAUGGUCAGAAAGCUCUCAGAUUUCAUCAAAAAUAUCUUAAUUUGAGUUUUGAAGAUGAAUGAAGGCCUCAUGGGUUUGGAACGAGAUGAGGAAACAGGCAUCAACUGUGACGGUCAACCCAUAUAAUGCAGGCACUCACUCCUCAGUAGAGGAGCAGGCUGUGAUCCAUUCCCAUUCUUCUCUGAGACCUCCACUUCCCAGGCCUGAUCAGAACAAUCCACCACACAGAGACCCCAUGACCAGCAACCCAAAGCGCUGGGUUAUAAAGCCCCUGUCCCCUAAGCUAGAGCAGUCAGAUUUGCGCUCCAUAUUGAGCCCGACUGGCCAACCACAGUUACUAGAGAACACAUGGAGUACUAGUCAGGAGGGUGACUCUUUCAGGUUCAGCUUGGAAACUAUAACAGUAACAGGCAUGCAGCCUACUGUGAUGGUGUCAUCUGGGAGAAGCACUCCAGAUGUGGUGGUCCAGGCUCAGCAAGUGUCUGUAUCUGAGGAUGGAAGUGACGGUGAAGAAUGGAGGCCCAGUACUACAAGCAACCCUAGCAGCCCUGAAACUGCCAGCAGUACAGGCUCACAUGUUGGAUUCUACUCCUUUGUAGAUGACCCAGCAAGCCCAGAAGCGGAAAUGAAUGAAGUCUACAUGGUUUCUCCACAAAGGCAGGCCAAACUGAAUACCUUGAAGGAGAAGAGCACCUUUAAGCUACAGACGUACACAGAUGAUAAGAGACCUGGGAGGCUAUUCGAAGGAAGUAAUGGAGAAGACCUUUACAGACUCGAGGAUGCCUCCAAAGUGAAUGAAGAUGAGGAAAAUACAGACCGAAUGGAGAUCAUCCGGAAUCAGGCACCCAAGAAAAGCCCUGCCCUUAAAGAGCAGUGGAGUGCCUUAGAAAAUCUGGACCUCAGUAACACUGAGCAAAGACUCCUGGAUGGGUUUAGUGUAAGCUACAAACCAGUGCGUGUGAAGACUGAAGUCAGGGUUGAGCCUGGUACCAUAGACCAUGAGCAAAUUGACUUCAAUGCAGCACGAAAGCAGUUUCUAAUGAUGGAACAAUCAAAACAAAACCCCUUCUUACAGAGUCCUGAGCAGCUUCCUUAUUCCCCCAAACUGCGAGGAAAAUCUCUAUCCUCAACAGCCAGCAUCUUCGGUCCAAAACAAGUAAGCAAAGAGAACAGCCUAGAGGAGAAUCAGAUCCCACUAACAACACAACAAGAAAUAGAAGUAAAGACUGUAAAUGUGACUGAACAUUCAAAAAAUGGAGUUCCAAGUGGAUCCUUAGAUGAUGUUGACUCUGGUCUAGGUGACCAAAGUGGAGGCUACGCCAGUGAGGGUAGCAUUUCGAAUGAUCCUCUCAUUUCAGAGAUAGAAAGUAGCUUGACAAUGCUAAGUGCAGAUGAGACUCCCAUUCAAAGGGAAAUCAGAAUUGCCCAACAACGGGAAGAGAGUCUACGUCGAUCAAGGGGUAUCUUGCACAAAGACCAUUCAGAGAUGGUGGAGAUCAGGAUAAAGCCAAUUCUGUCCCUGUCAUCUCCACAGGUGAAAUCUCCAAAAGCCAAAGAAACAAACAGAGUGAGUUUCCUUAUUCAGAGAGAGCGUGAACUUCAGAAACAGCAACAGAUCAAAAACAGUCUUUCAAGCCAUAACAGCCAAGAGAACCAAAUACAGGACAAGUCAACUGAGUCACAACCGGAUGAAAUUCCAGUCACACCUUUGAGGGCAAGUCUAAGAGAAAGUCCCACAAUUGAUCUAGAGCAAAGCACAGUUUCUGCAGAUGACAAGUGGAUUACAGAGCAACCUGCACUAGUAGAAGAAGGUGACUCAAAGGAAGUUCUUUCGCCUUGCUGUCCUCAUCGACAUCCUGAUGAAUCUAUCCUUCAGAGAAACACUGACAGCAGCACUUUUGGAAACCAAGUCCAAAAAAGUGCAAAUUCCGAGGACAGCCGUUAUUCUAAAUUAAGGGUUCAUAAAGAAAAUGGUGUCGAGUGGCAAACCAAGAACUUUAGAACAAAGAAAGAGCCAUCCUGGAUUGUGGAGAAUGAAAGGAGCUUGUCUGGAAGGAACAGAUUUUACUCUCAAAAUACUCCGUCCCCACUGGAACCUGCAAAAAAUAGUCGGUACACUAAUACCUGGAGAUCUCACCUUGAGUACACCGACUGGAGCCCCAAAAUGCAGAAUGCCCCAGACAGUAUCCGUCAGGAAAUCGAAAAAGACCUCAGACGAGAAAAAGAGCUCCAGGAGCUGAGAGAGUCCAGUAGUCUGUCUUUCUCAUUACCCAACUUAGCAUACACAAAUCCAGUGCUAACUUCCACUGAAACCAGGUCCUCAAUAACCAGUGAGGAAACUGUAUUUUCACCACAAACUCCAGAUGGGAACAUGGCAGAGGUGGAUUCUGUACUUCCAGAAAAGAAGACUGAUUAUAGUAAUCCUUAUUCCUGGAGUCUGGACUCUUCUCGAUUAUUCAUGACAGAUAAAAGUCCACAGUUGUCCUCACCACGACCCAGUUCCAGACUUCCCUCUGUGUCAAUGAUGACAGCCCAGCCAUGGGGCAGCCCAAAACCCAUGUCCCCAACUGUUUCCCGGGUUACUCCCAUCAAGCCCUUUAGCCCACAUGCUGACCUGUCAUCGCCUUCUUCCCAGAAAGGUCUGACUGAGACACUGCUAAAGGACUUUGAGGACAGACGGACCAAAUUGAAGCUGGAAGAAAGUGCAUACGCUGGGAUCCAACCUAUUGAUGCCAUAAACAAUGAGGUUGUAGAAGCCACUCGUGUAAUAAGGCAUAAAAAUCAACGUGCCCUGCAGUGGGAGGCAGGCAUGUACGCCAACCAGGAGAGUGAAUGAAUCAGCACCCACAUAACAGGACUCAUGACCUAAUGACUAGGUUUAAUUCCACAUUGGACUCACAAGCACACUACUCACACCGCCAAGUCAGUGAACAUGAAACAUGGACUUCCAUCUCAUUUACAGUAUAGCUGGAUGUUCUCAGUUGACUGGGGUGAUGGAAAUUGGUGUAGGUGUGGAGAGCAUCUUACCUGCUUGGGGUGAACUGUAAGCUCUAGCAAACUGGAUCAUGAACAUUUUCUUCAUCUUUCUCCGCCCAGUACUAACAUUUAACUACCAUCCUUAAUACUACACAAUCAUAAAAAUCUGUCAUCUGAAAAUAAAACAUCAAACUGUAUUACAUUAUUAAUGUCACUAACCUUUAAAUCCUCAGCGCUUAAAUGAAUAGACCAGCUUGCUUUUUAUACAAGUAAUAAAACUAAAUAAGCAAAGUAGAAUCACAGAACCGGGUUCCUACAUAGAGAAGAGGGACCAUGAGAUCUGGACCUGGACAUGAACUCAUUAACACACAAGACUGUUGAUCUAACAAGGUGGUCUUAAUUUUGAAAUAAUGGUGAAUCUUGCUUUUCACUGAAAAUAUAUAGUAAUAUCAAUAGAAGAUUCUUUUUUGUAUUGAAUACUGAAGAUUCAAAAAGUUGCACUGGAGAUUUCUGCCAUAUUGUAAAUGUGAUAUGAUAACAACUGUUUGUUUGUUUUUUAAUGUAAAAUCUACAUUACAGAUUGUUCUCUAGUAUGUCAAAAUUAACUUAAUAUCAAAAGAUGAUGUUGAUGUAUUCUGUGUUGUUAACACUAUAUUCUAAUAUACAACAUAUAUAAUAAAAGGCUUGAUUAUUA